GGUGCACAAUGUGAUAGGCAGGACGGAGAUAUGUAAAAUCAAGACAACAGAGAAGAAGCCUCAUUGACAUACUAGUAGCCGAAGCGUUUUGCUGGCCAAUCGCGCAUUAGAAUCGUGAUAGCAGGAAGACACGAAAUGCUUCGCAAACAUUGUACGAGAACAUCGGACACCACUGGCAAGACCAACUCAAUUAGCAAGGAACUUCAUUGGAGGUCAAGAAAAUAAUUUGCAAAGACCUGGUAGCCGACACCAGGGAGGUAUAAAAGCACCCACCCCACCACUCAUACUCUUCACUCCCAUUUCCAUUCAUCAUCAGCUCCUCUGCUAUCUACCUCUAUCACUUCAGCAUAAUAAUCAUGUUCUCUCGCAUCUCCGCCGUCUCCUUCACCCUCUUGUUCGCUCUCCUUGCGGUCGCCACUCCUGACACCACCACCAACCAGUGCAACACGGGUUCUAUCUCUUGCUGCCAAAGCACAAAAAGUGCCUCUGAUGCUGGAGUGAUCGAUAUGCUCACAGCUGUUGGUAUCUCCCUCAAGGGUGUCGUGGGCGACGUCGGUUUCCAAUGCUCUCCCAUCACUGGUGUUGGAGCUGGAGGCGGAAGUAGCUGCAACCAAGAGCCUGUUUGCUGCACAGACAACCACUUCGAUGGGUUGAUCAAUGUUGGAUGCUCGCCUAUCAACAUCAACCUUUAGAGAUGCAUGUUUGAGGUCUGACUAUAGAAUGUGGUGGGGACUGGGAUGUUAUGGUUCUACUUACCUUAGAAUACAUUCACAUGUUUGUUUGGUAAUUGAGAGUUGUUGAUUUCCUUUCAA